AGAGUAUGGCGAUCGAUGAUCAGUCUGCAAAAAAUACCGUUCUGGCUUAAGAGACCACACAUUAAAUAUUUUCGUUCUAAUAUUCGCGCAAGCAGCCAAUUUGCUUCAUUCCAAACGUUCAUACGGGUUCAACAAACAGAAAAGAUGGUCGAAAAUUCUAACUCCGAUGUGGAAGAAGAAGAAGACAUUACAGCUUCCUUGGCCGCAAUGAAUCUUACAAUUCAAGACCAAAUCCAAGAGCUUUCCAAGCGUUUGAACAAUGUAAAUGAGGAGCUUCAACAACAGGUUAGGGAUAAGCACGGCGCCCUAUUGCAGCAAGCCACACAUGCCGGACGCUUCGAUGCUGCCUUGAAUUCGUUGGCUGAUGAUGUGCAAAAGAUACGCUCCAGUGGCUAUAGGCUGAAACACCAAGUAGACAACCAAUUUCAAUUGAUUGAGAAUCGAACGAAGGUAUUGUCCCGACUCCAUGAACUUUCGCAUUUACUACGUUCCUCAAAAACCCUACUGACUUUAACAACAAAAUUAAGGGGAACAAAGGAUAUAUUAAAACAAGCGGAGCUUCAUUAUGAACUCAACGAAUUAAUUGAAGAUCCAGAUCUUAAGAAAAUAGAGUUUGUUCAAGCGGCUCGUAAUUAUGUUAUAAAUUCAAGGCAAAAAAUACGAAAUUUAACCCAAAUGCAGUUAGUGACUGGACUGCAGGAAAGAAAUGAACAGCAAAUAUGUAACGCCUUAAGAAUUUUUAUGAACUUUAAUACCUUGGAAAACUCUCUGAAUAACUUGGUGACUACUUUCAUUGCCGAAUUAGAACAAUCUCUGAAGGAAUGCUUUGCCGGAAAUGAUAUAUCCGUACUAAGUAAGAAUGACCCCAGCAAGCCAUUAACCACAUCCCCCAAAGCUUCGGGUUCCAUUAGGGGACCCGGGAAAACACCGCAGCUUACUACAACACAAAAUUUUAGAGCCAAAUUUUGGAAGUCACUGCACUGGCUAAUUUAUGACGAACUUUAUGAAUGCUGUACCCAAAUAAUGCUGCUGAAGAAAGCUUUAGAACAAGUGCAACAAUUUAACGGCCUCCUUACAUCAAAUACUUCAGAACAAUUGACAAGCAUUCGGUUCUGGCAAGCAACACAAAAGCUUUUAAGAAAAUAUUUCCAUGAAUGUCCUGCUCAUAUAACUCAAACACUGCAAGAAGGUUUGUCAAAAUUGUUAAGCUCUAUACGCGGUUUAGAGGAAAAGCUCAACAAAGAGUUCAUUUUCGACGAAGAUCUCUUUACACCGCUUGAGGUUGGCUAUGUCUCAAAAUGUGCUGCUAAUAUGAAAGCAUGUUUGGCCGGUGUCGAUUUACCCAACAAUGAGACAGUCGACAAUUUUAUUAGAGUGGCUUCAUCCGAAUUGAGUAACGCCUUGGUAGAUGCAAGAUUGGGAAACGCUAUUUCGUCUGUUUUUAUUUCUUGUAGCAAAGACUUUUGCACAAAAUUAGAGGCACAAAUUAAAUUGGGACCGGAUUCUGUACAAGUUGUAGAUUUACCCAAUACGCAACAAAUUCAAAACUCUUUAUUGGCCAAUAUUUUGUUUUACUUCAAGGAUUCUGUAAAACGCAUGCUCUCCGAUCUGGGCCAACAAUUUGAAAAAACAAAAACAUCAGCCAAAACAGAUAUAGCCAAAUCGCUGGACCAAGCAGAUCUUUUAAUAACAACUAUAUUGCAGCAAAUUAUGGAUUCCAUUGUAUCAACCAUAAAUAUCAUUAUUCUUAGUAUACAUCGUGAACCCGGUUUAAAUACCGAGAAAAUCUCUACAGCUGGUCCUUCCAUGUAUAUGAAAGAAUUACAGGAAUUUAUACAACGUGUUUGGCAAAAUCAUAUUUCAGCUUACGAAGACAAGGAAAUUGUCUCUAAAUGUGGCCAAGAAGUUGCCAAAAGGUGUAUAAACUAUUUUAUUCACAAUCUGAGCAUAGUGCGUCCAAGUCAAGCUGGACGGCAACGAUUGAAGAAUGACUGUAUGCACAUGGAGAACACCUUAAAACCCCUUAGCAGCAAUAUAUCUGAACUAGGAAAUUCAGCUCGUAUAUUACGAGCCAUGUCAUUUCUUAUAGUGCAACGUCCAGCUGAGCUGGUAAAACAAACUGUAGGUACAGAUUCUUUGGUACCUUCAUAUAUCAUUUUGCUUUUGCUAUUCGGUUAUGCUGGUCAGGAACUUCAAUCACCUCACACAACGGUGAAUUGGUCUAAUGAACGUUUCAUUGAAUGGCUGGAGGGACAUACUAACGAACGUGAGAAGCUUGAGCUGAUUUCAGGUGCCCUACAGCGAUAUCGCGACAGUGUUCGUCGCAAGAAAAGUGAACAAUAUGAUGAAGUGUAUCCUUUAAUGGUGGAAUAUUUUGAGAAAGCCUCUAAGGUUGACCAUUAGUUUUAACCAAAAUUAUAAUUGCUUGAAUAAAAAUAAUGAUAACUAA